AUGAAGACGCUGCUGGGCUCUUCACGUGGCCGCGGCGGCGGCGGCAACUACCGCGGCCGUGGUCGUGGCGGCGGUGGAAACGGCGAUAGCCGUUUUGCCGCUCGCUUCACUGACCCUCGCUUCAAGGUGUCCACCCAGGCUGGUCGCCGCCAGUCAAACCGGCGCUCACAGGAUGCGGUGGAGAGGGCGGCGCAGAAAGAUUCACGCUUUGCGAAGCACUUCCCCUCAGCUGAAGUCGAGGAAGACACGGUGGCGAGUGAUACGGGGUCGACUGUUUGUAGUGACAUCAGCGAACACAGAUCGUCUGCCUCAACCAGCAGUCACAGCAGGGCGCUGAACGAAGAGGACGAGUGCGAAUUGCUUCCGCGGGAGGAGGAGGCUGUUUUGGACGACGAGGUGGCCGCCUGGGUGCCUGACGAGGUCGAAUUCAUCGAAGCCCGUCGUCGCGUCGCCAUUGUGAACUGCGACUGGGAUCACGUGCGUGCCGUCGACCUUUACGCCAUUCUUUUCCACGCCCUUCCACUCGGUGGUCAGCUGCUCGACGUGAGCAUUUACAAGAGUGAGUUUGGCAAGCGCAUGAUGGAGCACGAGAAGAAGCACGGGCCCGAUCUGUGGGUGUACGACGGCGAUGCGAACGUCGAUGUUGAUGUCGAGGAGGGCAGCGGUGGCGCGAUGCCAGAGGUGGAGGAACUGCCGGAGGACGUCUCCGAAGACGCUGUGAGCGAACCCCGCAGCGACGGUUGGGCUGAUGACAACCCGAACAUGAUGACGGAGCAAGGCGAAGAUGGGGAGUGGUUCUCUGGUGGCAAGUACCGGCGGUACGAGAUGGACCGCAUGAGGUACUACUACGCAGUGGCCACCUUCGACUCGGCUGACACCGCCGCCGUGGUGUACAAAGAACUUGACGGGAUGGACAUCGAGGCGAGCGGUGUUGUGCUGGACCUCCGCUACAUUGAUGACGACGAAGUGUUCGAGAGCCCGGUUGGUCGUGCGGACCAAAUCCCGACAAACUUCAAGCCACUGGCCUCCUUCAAGACGAGUGCCCUGAGCCAGAGCAAAUUCCGCAUUUCAUGGGACCAAGAUGACGUGUUCCGUCACAGGUCCCUGCAAGACUCCUUCAUCGGCACCACGGAGGAGGAUGACCUAGCAGCCUACCUCGCCCCAGCAGACUCAGACGACGAGGCGGACGGCGACCCGCUCGAUCAGGAGAAGAAGGCGCGCGAGAAGCGCAACAUCCGCCGCAAGUACGCUGCCUUGUUGGAGGAGGUAGGCGGCAUCCCCGAAGACCUGGAGGGGGAUCCAGAAGGCAGUGGCGGCGGCAAUAGUCUCGAGGAUAGCAGCGACGAGGACUCCCUUAACCGCUUCAGCGACGUUGAGGUGGACGGCAAUGAUGCCAACGAGAAGGGAGAUGAGGAGGACGACCAGGGGUCGGUGAUGGGCGACAUGGAGGCGACAUUCGACAUGAACGCCGACGCGAAAGCCGCCGACCUGCAGCGCGACGCGCGGCUGAGGCAGAAGAUGAAGACUGCCGACCUUGCGAAGCAGGCAGAGCUCAAGUACAAGCUGCGCCGAAAAGAGAUGAAGAAGUCCAAGAAGGAUAUGCUGCGACAGGAGCGGGAGGCAGAGAAGGCGUACCAAGCCGCGCACAUAGCCGAGAACCGGCAGAAGCUGAGGGAGUUGAUGGGCACCGACGACGGCGCAGUGCGGGUGAGCGGCAAGGAGCGGCGCAAGGCGCACGCAAGACAGGUAAAAGAACGGCUUGCAGAGGAGCGUGCUGCCAAGAAGAAGAUGCGCGCUGCGAGCCAAUUUGGGGUCACGCAGCACGUUCAGCACACGCAGUGCGAGCAGGAGGCACAGAAGGCGGUAAAGCAGAUCGACGAGCGCUUCAAGUCGAAGUUGCUCUCCGACCCGCGCUUUCACUUGGAGGUGUCGCAAAAGGACAAGCGCGUCACGGACGACGUGGCGCUGCUCGCGUCGACAGUCGCGAAGGCGCGUCAAGGCAAGCGUGGGCGUUCUGAAGGCGACGAAAAGCGCACCGCGGCUCGCCAGUCUGUCGACGGCGCCGUCGAUUUCUUCUUGACGAGAAGGAGGACUGUGAAGUAG